AUGAACUUCAACUUUGGGCCUGGUCGAGCGGAUAACGGUCUGCUAGCAUCUCAUUGCCAGCCCAGACCUUUCUCUAUGGUGCCGUUUGCACCAGAUCCAGACUAUGUUGACCGUCCCGAUAUUUUCUCAUGGCUACGCGACAAGUGUGUGGGAAACGGAGCGCGAGCAGCGCUGGUGGGUCUUGGCGGAGUACGUAGGGUAUCGAUGCAAUACGCCCAUCUUAUCCGCGAUGCGAGCCCGCAGACAUUCGUCUUUUGGGUGCAUGCUAGCACCCGCGCCCGGUUCGAGGAAGCCUAUAAAGAUAUCGCAGACCAGCUCCAGCUGCCAGGCAGGAAUGACCCCAAGGAGAAUGUUUUACAGUUGGUUAGAAACUGGCUCCGGGAAGAGGCAAACGGACAGUGGUUCAUGGUCUUGGACAAUGUUGAUGAUGUAGAGACCUUUUUCCCAUCAAGGAAGCGCAAGCGGUAUGAGACAGACACUGAUAGCCAUGCUUCCCUAACCACCUAUCUCCCCCAGAGCCGUAACGGAGCGAUAUUAGUCACGUCGCGGAACAAAGACGCCGCUUCUAGCCUAGUAGGCGGCCACAACAGAAUUCACGAGGUGCUUGCCCUGAGCAUAGGCGAGGGUCUCCAGCUGUUGCGCAACAAACUAUGCAACCUGCCCCUUGAAGAGAGCGCUAUAAAGCUACUACAGGCACUAGGAUGUAUACCUCUUGCCAUCAUAAAAGCGUCCGCGUACAUGAAUCGACGUGCAAACAUGACAGUAACACGCUAUCUAGAUGAUUUUCAGACAAACGACAAGAAGCGAGAGAGUUUGCUAAAGUGGGAUACAAUCGAGCUGCGUCGAGACGAGAGUGCCUCCAGCUCCAUAUUGACUACCUGGCAAAUGUCCUUCGACCAGAUCCGCUGCGAACGACCAUCGGCAGCUGACCUGUUGUCGCUCAUGAGCUUCUUCAGCCCACGAGGCAUACCGGAGCGAAUAUUGCGGCGAUUCAGAAAUUACAGAGUAAAGACGACUAGCGCAGAAGUAGAUGAUGAUGAUGAUGAACAUGAUCAUGAUAAUGGCGGGUUUGGCGAGGACCUGGCUACUCUACAGACAUACUCCUUAGUAUCAACGACCGCAGACAACACAUGCGAGAUGCACGCUCUAGUGAAACUCUGCACGCAAUCAUGGCUGUCAUCAUAUGGUGAUACAGGGCGAUGGGAGAGAGAAUUUAUAGAGCUGACGGUGAACGUAUUACCAGAUCAUAAGUAUGGAAACUGGGAAGAGUGGCAGCAGUUGGCUCCGCACGUGGAACCACUUAUUGACAGCAAGCCAGCUACUCGAGAGACGUCACUAUUAUGGGCCCUAGUGCUGAAAAGUUUAGUAUCUUACCUGUGUGACAAAGGGAGCUUUACUGCUGCAGCACAGAUUGCAACAAAGAUACUGGCCACUCAGGAAAAGAUUUUGGGCCCUAGUGAUACGGCAACUUUGUGCACUAUGAGUCAGUUGGCGCUAGUAUUUCAGCAUCAAAAUAGGCACGAAGAGGAAGUAAAACUCAAAAAGCAAGUACUAGAAGCGAACACGAAGGCGUGGGGGGAGUACCACCCCAUGACGCUGAAGAGUAUGAAAUAUCUGGCAUCAGGGCUGUGUUGUCAACGCAAGUACGAUGAGGCAGAAAAUCUUUAUCAAAAAACUCUAGAGGGAUGCAAGAAAGAGCUAGGAGAGAAGCAUCAUUCAACGCUUUCGAUUACAAGGGAUCUAGCUUCAUUCAUGUGUCUUCGGAACAGGUAUAGCGAGGCAGAAAAGUUAUUUCAAGAAGUCCUAGAAAGGGGCAAGAAGGAGCUAGGAGAGAGCGAUGACUUAAUGCUGUGUAUUAUGGAUGAUAUGUCGAAGAUGUUAUAUUAUCAAGGUAGGUAUAGGGAAUCAGAGAAGUUAUACCGACAAGCAGUAGACAUAUCUACCAAGGAGCUUGGGGAGCACCAUCCCGAUACAUUGAUGCGUACCUGCCAUCUCGCCUGUUCCUUGCACGGACUUUAUCGAUGUGCGGAAGCAACAAAGCUAUACCAACGAGCAUACAAUGAACUGGCCGAGAAAUAUGGAUCUCAGCAUCUAUAUACGACUCUAUGUCACAGGCGGUUCGAAAUAAUGCAGACGAUGAGGAAAAAAAUGCUAAAUGAUAUGAACAAAGGGCUGCUGAAGAUGGAAAUAGUGUACCUGAAGAAGAAGCGAGCUAGGUUACUCAGAGAAGCCUAUGACCCAUCAACAGAGGACUUCCUCCAGAUUCGCGAGGUUGCAUUGGAGAUUCAUGUUCUAAGAUAUCAUGUAUUUUAG